GUUUGUGAUUUUAAUUUAUCGAUUGUUUUGUAGUUUUUCUGGUACUUUUUAAGAAAUUUCGUUUAUCUUACGUUUGGUCACGUCCUGUAUGCCCGUACAAGCCGACAACAAUUUUUUAAACUAUGUGAUGUAUUAAUGUUUUAUAUAACAUUUUGUAUUGGAAUGUUACAUGACAUUCUUUGAACCACAUGGCAGACCAAGAUAAUGCAGAUUACUAUGCACUUUGUACAAAUGACCAAAAUAAGACAGAAAGUCUAAAUGAAAGGCUAAUAGAAAGGAGCAUAUCUCAAUCAUUAUGUGACCUAAAUAGUAGGAAUAAUAGUGUUGCAGUUGAAAAUGCAGCAUCUGUUUCCCUAUUAUUAAGUCACUAUAAAUAUCAUCGUUCCUCACAUCAUGAUAGUCCAGUUAAUUUUUCAUCUCUACCAACGUAUCUUCCACCCAUUGGUGUAUUUUGGGAUAUAGAAAAUUGCCAUGUAGCAAAAGGAGGAUUUGCCAUGGCUGCAACCCAUGUAAUUAGAGAAAAAUUUUUUGGUGGUUGUAGGGAAGCAGAAUUUAUUGUAGUUUGUGAUGUCUUAAGAGAAAAUAAUCGGGUUAUAAAAGAAUUGAAUAAUGCUCAGAUAAUGCAAAAUUGCUCCUAAUGAAAAAUUCAAACAAUCUAUUAGAAGAUUUGCUGAUAUACAUAGAAGCCCAGCAGCUAUGAUUUUAAUACCUUUCUUUCUUGGUUCGAAAAUUUCCGUAAAAUUUCAAAAAGAGAAAACGAGUAACUUUUUGCAAAUUCGAGCAAAUUCUAUAAAUAGAAAUGGUUCUGUAAUUGAAUCAGAAAUUGUUACCAGUUCUACCAAGGCAAAUGUACAUUGCGAGCGCUUCGUUAACGGGGUAUAACACGGUUGUAUACAGUACAACACAAUAUGACAAGAAAAUACUCAAAUUUAUUUUAUUAAAGGGCAAUAGUUUCUACAGAAUGUUUACG